AAGCGCUGCGAACACAUCGAGGAAAAAUUUAAAAUACGAUAAUACAGAAAAUGAGGUUAUGUUCAAACAUUUGACAUUUGAUUCAAAGUAAAAACAUGUUCAUCCAGUAAUUAUCACCAACAGAAUGUUGAUUUUUCGUCCAUACCGCACUUCUUUCAAAUUUUUGACAAGACCCGUGACGUCCAGAUGUAAACUGCAUGAAAUCAUUAGAGUGGACCACGCCGGAGAAUUGGGGGCUGAUGUGAUAUAUGCUGGACAAAUGGCUGUCUUGGGUAGCACUUCGAAAGGUCCGGUUAUUAAACACAUGUGGGACCAGGAAAAGGGGCACAGGGCGAAGUUUGAGGAACUCAUCAAUGAGCAUCGGGUGAGACCAACCGUGAUGACUCCCAUUUGGAAUGUGGCUGGGUUUAUGCUGGGGGCUGGGACAGCCUUGCUGGGAGACAAGGCGGCGAUGGCGUGUACUGUUGCUGUUGAAACUGUUAUUGUAGAGCACUAUAAUGAUCAACUGAGGACGCUGAUGGAAGAUCCUGAGGCUAAUAAGGAGUUGAUGCAAACUAUUAAGAAGUUUCGAGAUGAAGAACAGGAGCAUCAUGAUUGUGGAAUCGAUCAUGGUGCUGAGCAGGCGCCUUUUUAUAAAGCGUUGACUGAAGCGAUUAAGUUGGGGUGUAAGGGGGCCAUUGCUAUUUCCAAAGUAAUUUAAUUUGUAGGUUAAUUUUCUCCCUUGUAAGCACGGUUAAUUAUAAUUGUUGCAUUUUGA